GUUAGAGCAUGGUAUGUUUAAUUUCUACCUGAACUCAAUCGCGAAUGAAUAACAAUGCUAUUGCGGUUUUACUAAAUUGUUUCCCUUGAAGAGACCACGUGACUGAAAAGAGAGACCACGGUCUCGUGCCAUUUUCUAGAAGCAAAAGUACCUCGGUAAAAUACAAACAGUGAAAGAGUCAGGCAGCAUCAGCUUGGCGGAAAAUUCCGUUGUGUUAACUUAUAGAAAUGGAGAAAGUACCAUCAACACACAGAUUUCAGGUAGCUAAGGUUGAAUUUGCGACCGAAAUUAAUGAUGAAGAGGAUAAUAGUGAUGCUAACUAUGUGCUGCCAAACGGUUCCACAGAACCUGGAAAUGGCACAGUUGACAGCGUUGACGUCAAUUCGUCUGAAUUAUCAAACGACACUUACGGACAAAAUCAUAAUAGUUACACAGCAUAUGGAACUCAAAGUAAAACGUUUGGACGUAACACGGUGGAAGUCCUUCCACAUUUGGACCAUUACAGGAACCUGCUGUCUGCUACAUCACCUCUUAAAGCCAGACCUACCUUGGCGGAACUACACGAGGAAAAGGAUGAAAUGGACAGGCAAAAACAGCGUGAACCACUGCUUGCUGAUGCAGAGGCACCCCCUGAGAGCCCUAAAAUACCAGAGGCCGCCGUGAAGUUUGGUUGGAUCAAAGGAGUCUUGAUACGAUGUCUCCUGAAUAUCUGGGGUGUGAUGCUGUUCCGGCGGAUGGCCUGGGUCACAGGGCAGGCAGGGAUUGGCCUGGCUACUUUGAUAGUUUUGCUGUCCACUGCAGUGACUGUGAUAACCGCGCUGUCCAUGUCCGCUAUAGGAACAAAUGGAACAGUGCGUGGAGGAGGUGCCUAUUACAUGAUCUCAAGAAGUCUGGGCCCUGAAUAUGGUGGCUCUAUUGGUGUGAUCUUCUCUAUUGCAAAUGCUGUUGCUGUUGCCAUGUAUGUCGUUGGCUUUGCCGAGACUGUGAGAGAUUUGUUGCGGGAUCAUGGUGCCAUUAUGGUUGAUGAGCAGAAUGACAUCCGUAUUAUCGGAUGUAUCACUGUCACAGUUCUCCUCGUCAUAGCCAUUAUAGGGCUGGAAUGGGAAACAAGGGCCCAGCUGGUGUUGUUGGCAGUGCUGUUGAUUGCCAUUGCCAACUUUGUUGUGGGCACCUUCAUCCCUCCCAGUGAGAGGAAGUUAGCCCGCGGAUUUGUUGGCUACAGAGGAGAUGUGUUCGUGUCGAACAUGAAGCCAGAUUUCCGCGAUGGCCAGGGCUUCUUCUCUGUCUUGUCCAUCUUCUUUCCGGCCGCUACGGGCAUCCUUGCAGGGGCCAAUAUCUCAGGAGACUUAAAACACCCUCAGAAAGACAUUCCAAAGGGGACACUUCUUGCCAUCGCAUGCACAUCAUUCUCAUACCUGUUUAUCAUCUGGUUGCUAGGGGCUACCAGCCUGCGCGAGUCCACCGGCUCCUUAGUUACUGUGGCAUCACUGGGUGGUCUUGAUGUGCUUAACAACACUGUGGAGAAUUCUACACUCCUUACUACAACUACUUUGCCAACCGUUGUUCUUUCAAACACAUUUGAAAACGUUGGAAACUGUUCACUUGCCAAGAAUGGUGUCUGUCGUUUUGGUCUGUUGCAUGAUUAUCAGAUAAUGGAGGUGAUAUCAGGAUUUGGCCCUUUGAUAACUGCGGGGAUAUUCUCUGCAACUCUCUCAUCAGCACUAGCGAGUCUCGUUUCUGCCCCAAAGGUUUUUCAGGCUGUGUGUAAAGAUAAGCUGUUCCCAAGGGUCACAUUCUUUGCCAAAGGUUAUGGCCCAAGUGAAAACCCCAGGAGGGCGUAUGUGCUAGCGUACAUUAUUGGUGUUGGCUUCAUUCUUAUUGGUGACCUCAAUUCCAUAGCCCCAAUUAUUUCCAACUUUUUCCUGAUGUCCUACAUGUUGGUCAACUAUGCCUGUUUUGACAACUCUCUAGCAAAGUCCCCAGGUUGGCGACCCUCGUUCAAGUUCUACAACAUGUGGCUGAGUCUUGUUGGUGCCUUGCUCUGCAUCACUGUCAUGUUCAUCAUCAACUGGUGGACUGCUCUCAUCACGUUUGCCAUUGCAGCAGUCAUCUUUUUGUUCAUACGCUACAGAAAACCAGACGUGAACUGGGGUUCGUCUACACAGGCCCAUGUGUACAGAAGCGCGCUGUUGUCUACUCUGAAACUGGCCCACUUAGAGGACCACAUCAAAAACUUCAGGCCCCAGGUCCUGGUGCUUACGGGAUUCCCCUGCAACCGACCAGAACUCGUGUACUUUGUGAACAGCUUGACUAAGAAAAUCAGCUUGAUGAUAUGCGGACAUAUAAUAGAGGGCGCUGAUUCUGAAACGUUACGUCAGUACAGGCGCUACCAGAAAGGAUAUGUGACCAGGUGGUUAAACAAACGCAAAAUAAAGGCUUUCUACUCUGUUACCACAGCAACCAACUACAGACAAGGGGCAAGAGGACUCAUGCAGACGGCAGGCAUUGGAAAGUUGAAACCCAACAUCCUGAUGAUGGGCUUCAAGUCCACGUGGAUCACAGAUGAACCCACCAACAUGGACACCUACCUCAGUGUGAUACAUGAUGCCUUUGACUGCGACUAUGGAGUGGGCAUACUGCGGACACCUGAGAGGCUCUUCUCAGAGGAUCCUGACAUGCAGCCGGAAGACUUGAACAUACAUGAGGAGGAUGAGAAAAACUAUGAUGGCCAUGUUCAUACUGCAGAUGCUAUGGGGGAUGAAGUGACUCCUGCUCUGACUCCCAUGCGAAGGCAGAGCACCCCUGAGGUGGAGCCCCAGGACAUAGAGUUACAGACCAUUGAAAAUGUUAAUCACUUGUUUGAGCGCAGCCUCUCCAAGGUGGAGAAUAGCCUGAUCUUCAACAAGAAACAGAAGGGCACCAUCGACGUCUGGUGGCUCUUUGAUGAUGGAGGAUUGACACUGUUGGUACCUUACAUCCUUCAAACGCAAUCUCUUUGGAAGAACUGUGGACUGAGAGUGUUUACAGCCGGUACCAAGCGUGGAGAACUGGGCAGGGAACAAAAACAAAUGGCACAGUUGUUGAGCAAGUUCCGCAUUGAAUGCCAAGAUAUGACCAUAAUAACAGACGUAGGCAAGCUGCCUCAAGAGAAAACUAAGCAGGAGUUCAAUGAGCUGAUGAAAGGGAUGAUCCUGGAUGAGGACAAUGGAGAGACGCCGGAAGAGUUCCCCUGGAAGACCUCGGAGGACCAGAUGUUGCUGCUCAAAGAGAAGACCAACCGCAUGAUACGCCUGAGGGAACUCCUUCAAGAACAUUCAAAAGAUGCUUCAUUAAUUGUCAUGACGCUGCCGGUCCCCAGGAAAGGCACUUGCCCCAGCAGUCUGUACAUGGCCUGGCUGGAGACCCUCACCAGGGGCAUGCCUCCAGUCCUGCUGCUCCGUGGAAACCAGCAAAGUGUGCUCACCUUCUACAGCUAGACCACACACCUACAGCAGACAUUAGCUGAGACCAUAGCCAUAUGAGCUUUGUUAUGGGAAAACUGGGCUUAAUGCCUGUGCAUCUAGUAUCGUUCCAGAUAAGCCUGUGCAGUUGGUAAUGAAGGACAACACUUUCCGCCUAGAUUGGAUUUCUUUAAAGCAAAUACUUCCUUUAAAUGAAAAAUGACGUACAAGCCAGGGAUUUGAUAUUUCCUCCUUUUUGCUGAUUUCCUCCCUUUCAAUGUAUCAACUUUGCUGGAUCUGUAUAAAAAUUAACAGUUUAGUUGACCUUUGUAAGUGGGGUAGGGCUAUUUCCUCCCUUGUGAUGCUUGAAUCAGGACCCUGCAAGCGGAAAGUGUCAUCUCUGCAGUCCACACAGGUUAAUCUGGGAUGACACUUAAAACCCAUGCAUCAAGCCGAGUUUCCUCAGAAUGUGGCUUAUUUAAUCAACUUCCACAGUUUAAGAAGGCGAACAGGCAUUUCAGACAAUAGACGCUUUAGACGGGACAAAAUAUACAAAAUCAAUUAUCUUCAAAAAGCUUGUUUGCAAUGAUUACAAAAAUAAAGUAAACUGUCCAAAAUAUCUGGAUCCUGCGAUAUGACAAAAAAGUACAAAGCCAUGUGGUUGAAACUUUAUAUGUGGAUAGGGGCCUUUUUUUUUAAAUGCAAGCUAUUUCAGAUCUUUUCUCUGACAAAAAAUGUGGUUGCUUAGGUUUCAACAGAAAUAAGUGACAACUGUCUAAAAGAUCUAGAUCCUGCAAUAACUGAAAAAGAGCUUAACUUGGUUGAUUAAACUUGGUAUGUGCAUUAAAGGCCAUAGGGGAAAUAUGCAAGUUGUGUGUAUAAAAAUAGUGGUCCCUAUGGUUACAAAUAUAAGUAAAAUAUAAAAUGUGGAUCCUGUAACAGCUCACAAAGUACUGAAGCUAGGUUGAUGAAAUUAUGUAUGUUGGUAGAGGGCUAUGUGGGCAAUGUGCUAGUUAUUUAUUUAUUUUUUCGUCUUGAGAACAUUGUGGUAACUAAGGUCAAAGUUAAGUGAAAAAUAAAAUCUUGAUCUUGCAAUAACUCAUAAUGUGUUGAUGCUUACUCGACAACAUUGACCCGUUAGGGGACUACUGUUUUGUCUGUGACAAAGCCCUUGUUUAACGAUUGAUGUAGAGGCAUAGCCCAUCAGUAUUUAAGUGUGUUUUAAAUAAGGUUGUAUACCUAUGUCAGUACCAUAUCUACCUUACUAUCAACUGGAGUGCAAACAUUUGGAUCGUAAUGAAACAUGUUUGUGAAAUUCAUAAAUGUACAUAAUGUCAUGUUAAUGAAUAUUUCUCAUAUGCUGCAUUGAAAUGUCCAUGCAACAUGUCCAUAAAUAUUAUAAAACUGAGAGUUUUGUGUGCAUUGUUAAUGUAAUUGAUAUGUAUAUAUCAUUAUAUGCCAUGAAGAUUAGCAGACCUUCUAUCUUAACCAUAGCACCCUAUGUAUGUAUAUUUGCUUUAUACCAUUUCAGACUUAUUGAUUUUCAAUUUAAAAAACUAAUCCUGGAAGGUUUGAUAAAAAGAUGUGGGAUUUUUUAGAGGAUUAAAUGUUGUGUUUUACCCAAAUGUGUGGCAUGGUGGUAGUUUACAAACAUAUCUCUACAAAAGACAAUUGCUGUCUUAUUUACAGAAUACAUGAUAGAAUCAUGUUUGCAUUGUAAUUGUAUAUUUUUGACAUCUGUUCAGUUGUUUGAAAAUGUUGAAAUUGAAUCUCAUGUUUAUACACGUGGCGUUUAAGUUUCUGUUGAAUUGUUUCAAUUCCAAUUGCAUUUUGUUGUUUAAGGGCAUCUUGUUUGAUUAUGUGUUUUUCAUUCUUUACAGUUUGUUAUGACUUGUAAAAUUGUUUUUGUAAAUACCAGUAGUUGAACGGUGAAAGGUUUUGCCUAUAGAGAAUUCUGUAUUGUAGGACUGAUUGUGUUGGCUUUGCAUUUUAGUUGCACUCUGGGGGAAAUGGGAACAGGCAAAUCAGGGACAACACCGCUUUAAUGCCAUAUUUAGUCUCUUCUUUACUAAAAUAUAGUGUAUUUGGAAAGUUUCGCCCCUGAUUAGCAUAUGGACUCCAUUAAGCGUGGUUUUCCCAGAGACAGGUUAGUCUGUGUAUUUUUCAUGUCAUCCAUAGUUUUAGAAUUGAUCAUGUUAUGUAUUUCAUGACACAUGAUAUUCAUUCUAGCAUAUCAUUAGUUUGUACACUUGAUUGUAGUGCUUGUGUGUGUUGUUUGUUUGUUUUCAAUAAAUUGUGUUCCUGUUAUGUGGGAUGACGACAAAUACAUGUCCAAUGUUCUUCAAUCUAGUGAAUAAGUGGCUCUUCUUAUUAAGCAUUGUCCAACAAUUUUUGGUGAACCAUUAAUGCUAAGUAAAAACAGAUUUUUUAAAGUUCACUAAUUUUAUUUGCUUUACAUGUGAUACCUUUUUUAAAGGCCUUGUGUUAGUAUUAUUAUGCUCACCUAUAUAUUUGACUACAUAAAUCAACUUGUUUGUUGAAAGAUGUUCAAAAAGACACACCCUUAGCAUGUGAAAACAUCAUCUCUUUCAUUAGUAGAGAAGUUGUAUGUGUGUUUAUUGUAUAUAAUCAUAGUGUACCAAUGUGCUUAACAUUUGUAAUCUGGUGGUUGACAUCUACACAUGUCAUCCAUUGAAGGGUUAGAAGUCACACUAGUGUCUCAUUGUUAUUAGCAGUAUGCUCAUACUUGAGCAAGCUUGAUGCCAGUCUUGCUUGUUUACUACUUGCGUCCAUGAUUUAAGAAACUGUUUACUCAUAGUUUUAUGUAAUAUAAAUGUAUAACUGUUUGUAUGCCCUCACUGAGUGGGAUGCAUUCGGCAUUGCAAUUGCUGUCCAUACAAAGGUCCCAACGCUUGUGUUUUGAACUCCUUGAGCUACUGCACGGAUAGACUAUUUCACAGUUGAAUGGCCAUGACGUGGUGAUGAUUGUUAAGGAAGGAAUUGAGGCUGUGACAAUUUUUGGCAAAAUUAUGGCCAAUUGUGUGUUUUCCUCUGUAUAAAAUAGCAUCGCCUGAAGCUUGUGUUUAUAACUUAAUCUUUCACAGUGGAAAGACCUUCAUUUGAAGAUUAUCAUACAAAAAAUAAUUUUGGCUUCAACGAUAACAGCUGUUGGUCUGUUUUAAUCUUUGUUCACUAUUGAAUAUUUAGUCCCAACAUUUCAUUUUUUAACUUCUCUAAAACUACUGGUUGAAUUUCUCUCAAGCUUUCUCAGUUGAAUGACCUGAAUAUUUACAUGAUGUGAAAAUCUGCAGCCUGUUUUGGCUGAAUUAAAGCAAUUUGUAUGUUUGUCUACCGUAGAAUAUCAAGUGAAUUUGUGGUCUGUGGCCAUAUAUGUGUUGGGGGGGGGGGGGGGCAUCCUCAUCUUGACAAAUUUCUAGUUUUGGUAUAGAGUAUGUCAGUAUGUUGUCAAGUAAAACUGAUUGCUAUUUAUUGCGUGGUUUAUUUUUUGUCAUUCUCAUACACAUUUAAAACAACUUUUUUGGCAACUAUCUAUAAAUUGUGUUUAAACCAUAUAAUCUCUAUGACAUUAAAAUGUCUUCUUUUUUUCAAACUUAUUUUAUUUUCUCUCGGUGAUCCUGCUCAUAUGACCUUGUAUAAAAAAUGGUCUGUUAAAGACAAAUUCGAAGAAUUGCAUUAAAGUUGUUAAAUUAAAUGAGGUUUUAUUAGGUGUGCAUCUGUUAUACUUACAUGUCAAGAAAUGUUCGAUGAAGUUGAUGUCAAUUUUCAUGUACAUUUUAAAUAUAUCUCAUUUAGUCUUUUAGUGUUUUCACUUCUAUGAUAAUUAUAACUUUAAAAAAAAAGUAUAUUUAGUAAUCUGCCAGAUUUUAUGUCAAUUGCAAUAUUAGGGACUUUUUACAGUUUGGGAAAAUGACAAUUGUUAAAAAUGUUGAAAUUUAUUGAUAAUCAUUAUUAAUUAUAGUAGAGAUCUAAAGUGUCUAAAACUAUAAAUUGUAACACUUUUUCUGGGUAUCAAUGGGAAAUAUGUCAUUUACAAACAUAUUUAGUGUUUCAAAUGCGUGACAUGUAUUAAUAUAAAUAGCAUAAGUUCUAGUGGUAGCCAAUUAUCUUUUUCCCCCAAGAGAUCCUAGGUUCGAAUCUUGGUGAAGGCAAACUUUUGUAUUCCUCCUUUUUGCUUUGCUUUUUGAGUUAUUUUAUACAAUCCCAAGUAUUGUAGCUUUGUAAGUAAAACAAUGACUGUUUUCCAAAAAUAUGAAAAUCUGUCCCUUUCAAUCUAUUUAGUAUUCUAUUAGUCCGCUUUUUACUUUAUUAAUUUUAUUUUAUUUUGCAAUAAUAUUCUUUAUGUUUACUCAUAUAUAUGUGUUCAUUUUUAGAGAUAGUUAGUUGUUUUAGUUUUCUUUAAAGAGAUUUCUUUGCACGUUCUUGAUACUCAUUGGUAUUUUACAUUUUUGUUUUAGUACAUAGCAAGUUUGUUUUCAUUUGAAUUUACAUUUCUGAACAAUAACUGUCCUGUUUGUAUUAUGUAUAAAAUAUGUUCUUAUCAUAUCAUUUAUGCUUAUCAGCAAUAUAGUUCAACUUGGAUGUUAGCCAAAGUUAUUUCGCAACUACCCCAGGUAUUCCAUAAUAUGACUAGAAAAGUGAGGAAAAUGUGAAACCUCCACAUGUUCUCUGAGAAGAAAGGAAGCAACAAGCUUUUUCUCUUGAAAAAUUGUCACUUUAUCCAUUUAAGGAAUAUUGAAAAACUCCAUAUGUCCACUGUUACCUUGACCAUGUGCGAGCGACAUGGUAGUUUAUUUUGAAAUUCCAUAAUGUAGGUCAUACUUUUUGGCCAGACUCAUACAUACACUCACUAUAUCCAUAUAAGGAAUAUACAUGGACACCAAAAAGUGUCACCUUGACCAGAAAGCAAGAGACAUAGUUUUUGCAGUUGACACAUUGUCUUGAUAUGAUAAUCAUUUGUGCCAAUACAUUUUGAAAUCCCAUAAUGCAAGACAAAUUUUUUGCAAUUCAUUUUGAAAUCCAAUGAUGCAUGAAAAAGUUAUUGCAAUUCAUUUAGAAAUCCAAUGAUGCAUGACAAAAUUAUUGACCGGACUUAAAUAUGUACCUGACAAAAGGCAUAUUUGUAACAUGCACACACUAUCAUGAGUAUACUAUCAAGACUUAAAUUAGUUUGGAGUAUGCAUUACAAAGUUAUUGUUGUUAGUUCAUAAUUGGUGUUGCAAGUUAAUUCUUGUUCAUGUUUGUUAAGUCAAUUACCGGUAAAGGAAGUUUUGUUUGGUGUAUUUGUAUAUGCAUACAUGUACUAUGUGUUCUGUGGUCAAUGAAAUAAAAUAAAAGUAGGCUUUACAAUAA